CGUCAACAUUUUUGGCGGCCAUCUUGAAUGAGUGGACAAACUCAGCAGAGACCAUCGAAAGAAAUUGUAACAUGGGGGCAGGCCAAUCUGCAGAAAUCCCAGGCGGUGGAUCCGAAGGAUAUCAUGUAUUAAGGGUAAUAUACGACUAAUGCAAUCGAUCCUAUUAACGCAUACUUUGAGCUAUCCUGUAACAGCGCGCAAUUUGUUGAUCACAAAUUGUUCGAUCCAGUUCUGACCCUCUUCAUUUAACGCGGCUUAUUUAACGUGGUGUUUUGCAGGUUCAAGAAAAUUCUCCCGGAUAUAAAGCAGGAUUGGAGCCUUUCUUUGAUUUUAUAAUCUCGAUAGAAAAUACACGACUGGUAGGUUGAAUCAAAAAUAAACUUGCCCUUCGCAAAGUGGUUUUGCAAAGUUCGACGUUACCGAAAUUAGAAAUGACAUAUUUUUUGGUAUUACAUUUUGUCGUGCUCAAUGUUUCUCUCUCUCUCUCUUCAUGAAAUCGGAGACGAUUGUGACUAAAGAAUUUCAUAAAAAGGCUGAUCAACAUAAAAGCUCUUUUGUCUUUUUUGUAAGCAGCUGUUUUUCAUUAAGUGGGGGUAAAACCUGACUUUAGAAUUAUUCUUUAAAAGAAAACAGCAUUACAACUUACGAGCAAUUGUGCGUUAGUCAUUUAGGAUGAGAAAUUGUGUAUAUUAGAAAGACGUUAAAUGUUAAAAUGUACAUUUUAAUUUUUCACCCCAUCUCCCCUUUAAUUUAUUUAGGAUCAAGAUAAUGAAACAUUGAAGGAAAUCCUCAAGUCUAAUGCAGAAAAACCUGUAAAGAUGCUUGUUUUUAGUAGCAAAACAUGCAAAGUUAGAGGUAAGUUUCUGCAAUAUGAAAAUUGUAACUACUCUCCCAAGAUUUGAAAACCUUUCCUUAGUUCUCUUAUUAAUAGAAAUAACUUCUCAAUAGACAGAGAAUUGAUCAAAAAAGGAUCACAAUAUGUCCAAAAAAAAAUGAAAUUUUUUUCAUUAAACUGUAGCUUGAGCAAGGGAUUAUAAUUAACCUUUUAACUCCCUGAUCAAAUUUGUAAUUCUCCUUGCUGCCGACCAUACAAUUCCUACAAUGUUAGUUCAGAGAAUUUAGUAUUGGAUCAACUAAUAAUCCCCAAAUUGAUAUUUUUGUUUUUCUCAUCACUUAUCUGGUUGAUAUUGUAUUGAUAUUUUAAGGAGAAUUUCUGUCUUGGUUUCUCAUGGGAUUUAAAGGGUUAAACAUUUAUUUCAACUCUGUUGAAAGCUUUCUUCCUUAUCUGAUUCAACUCCAAGAUGUCUGAAAGACUCUUCUAUUGCCCUUCCAAUGAAACACUGAAUACUUUGAUUUGAUUCUGACAGGUUAGUUGAGUAUUGACCAAAAAUAAUUCAGUUCAGCACAAUCACUUAAACCUCAAAACUAAAAAUUGCCAUUGUGGUUUUCAGUUUGGUUUCUGACACUUGAUUUGCCCAUCUCUGAAUCACACAGACAUCACAUCACAUAAAUAUUUCAGGUGUUUACAUAUGGCCGAAUUGAACUGUCACAUUUAAAUUGUUGAAAAAGUGUUAGUCUGCUCACAUUUUUAAAUUCAUGUCAUCCUUCACAUUUCAGAGGUUAGCAUCACUCCAAGCAGUAUGUGGGGUGGACAAGGUCUCCUAGGUAUGUUAAUAUCAGAAGUAUGUUUGGAUUGGGUAAGAAACCAGACUUGUAAAUAAAGUGGGUAAGUUUGUUGAAAAAUAUAGAGGAUUACGUGAAUUUGCUUCCUAUUUUCCUCUUGUGAGGAAAAUUGAAAACAAAAAAACAUGAAAGUUAGAUCUCUUUUUUAGGGGAGAAUUUAGUGAAUUUUGGAAAUGGAAUUUGAAUUCCCCUAUACAGCAGAGAGGGGAAGAGAUUAUCAAAAAUGAAAAUUUAAUGUCAUUUCCUAUGCAAUUGGAAGAUGGUUGGCUCUAUAGCACUCAGGUGAUGAAUAUAAUUUAAGUAUAAACUGUGUAACAAAUUGUCUCUUACCUUUUACAGGUGUUAGUAUUCGUUUUUGUUCCUUUGAAGGAGCUAAUGAAAAUGUAUGGCAUGUUUUGGUAAGUAAAGCUUAGAAAGAUGUCACCUUUUGCAACUUUUCAUAUGAGGGUCACACAAACCAAUUAAUUUAAUUUUGCCUUUGUCUGAAGGAAGUUCAACCAAACUCGCCUGCUGAUAUUGCUGGAUUGCGUUCAAAUACAGACUACAUCAUUGGAGCUGAUUCAGUUCUACAUGAGGUAAUGAAUAAAUAAAAACAGUGGAGGCUUUUUAAUGAACAAUUCUAUUAGAAAGCAACAUAUUUGUCACCUCAGGACAACUCCAAUCAGCUACAUAGUGUUAAAAUCCAGAGGUGUAUAUCUCUGAUGCCUUUCUGUUUUUUUUUUUUCUUCUUCAGUCUGAAGACCUGUUCCAACUUAUAGAAUCUCAUGAAGGGAAACUACUUAAGUUGUACGUCUACAAUUCUGAAACAGAUGGUUGUAGAGAGGUAUGUCCCUUAUAUUUGCAAGUUGUAAUGUAAAUGAACAGUGCUUGAAAAAAAGCUCGUGCUGUAGUUCUAAUCCUGCAUUACUACCUGUCUUUCUAGAUAACCAUCACACCAAACCAAAAUUGGGGUGGUGAGGGAAGGUGAGUAACAUCUUGUAACUGCUUUUGUGUCUUGUAGUGCACUUUGUUCUAGUUCUGGUGUGUUCUUGAGGAAGACAAAAAACACUCACAGUGCCUUUCUCCACCUAGCUGUAUAUAUAUGGGUACACUCAAACUAUUCACCUUUUAACUCAUACGACUGACCAAGACAAAAUUUUCCCUCUCGUUAUCAACACAAUAUCAAGCAGACAGGUGAUGAGAUUUAAGAAAAAUAUCAAUGACAGGAUUAUGAGUUGAUCCAAUACCAAAUUCUUGGAACUAACAUCAUGAGAAGUGAAUGGCAACCAGUAAGGAAAAUUGUUAAUGAGAUAUUGAGAGUGAAAGGGUCAAGAAAGUGUGACAAAAUACUGAGGUGGGAGGUGGGGAGGGGAGACUAUUUUUUAAUGACCCAACAUCCUCUUAAGGAGUAGUAGACAAGCUUUUAGUCACUUCUUGGUACAGAAACCAAAGAAAAACAACAGUAAGUAUAGACCACUCAACCAUUUAAUUCCCAUGAGUGACCAAGACAGAAUUUCUCCUUACAAAGGGUUAACCUUUUGGCUCUGAUAUAUCUUACAGUAUGGGUUGUGGCAUAGGAUACGGCUACCUUCACAGAAUACCUAUCAAAGAUCCUCCUGAUAUGCCCCUACAAGCUAAAUCAUCAUCUCCUGCUCCUGAUGGCUUCUCUGAUGUAAGUAAAUUGCAGAGUUGUAACUAGUUAAUCACGACAAAAAGAAAAAAAAAUAGAUGCAACCUCCCAAGCAGCAAACAUUUUAGUCAUCAUGGCAAAUAAUUAAAAAAACUUAGGUAACCAAGUUUUCAGCACAAUUUGCUAAACCGGGAGCCUGUGUCUAGGGGUCAAGUUGCAAACUGAAUUGUUUGCAUUCCUCAACAUUUGUGAUCUGAAGUUAAUAAGAGAUGAAAAUUUGCGCAAGGGUAUCAUUAUCGCUGUUCUUUGCCUCAUUCUCUCUAGUUAUGUGAGUGUUGGGUCUUUAGUUUUUGUGUGGGCGUCUAAAAAUGAUUGGUGACCUCUGUCAACUAAAAUUUAAAUUUUAGGGAACUGUUUCUGAUCUUCCAUUGGAAAAUGGUGACCUUGUAAAACCUUGCACUUGGAGCACUGAGAUGUUCUGAUCAUUUCUCCACAUUACCAGCAUGUUUGCUGCUUUAUAUCACAAAGCACUUGGCACAGUUUUCAAAUUUGAAGCACAACAAGCCUUAGUGAGAGACCUAACAGCUUGGCCAUGAGUGUUAGAAAGCUUGUUUUCAGCAUAGCAUUAAACCAAUUACCACAAUACUCUGUUGCCUUGCAUAAGCUCUUUCACUUAAAAUUAUAAAUUUUUUAAAUUGUUUUUAUGUUUGUUUAUCUGUUGUUCCUAAAGGUUCCUCUCAGUGGGCCCACUUCUGUGCCUCUUGUUGCAGCUUCAACAUCAACAGUUUCACCAAUACAAACAGCAGGUAGAUUACUUAUAGUUUGCUUUACAAGCUUGGGGACUAUUAUAUACAUUCUUUUCCUUGUUAGGCACUGUAAUACCAUCCCUCCAGUUAAUCACUGUAACUCUUACAUACAAUUUUCUAACAAUAUUUGGAAGUACAAGAAGCCAAAUGUAAAAUGUAUGUAUGUUUAGAGAGAUGACAUUACUGAAGUGGCAUUUUUCAGAGGAAAAUUGCUUUUUGGGGACAUCUUUGGAAGUGGUAUUUUAGUUCUCAGCUUUCUAUUUCUAACAGGUUUGGAGUCAGGAAUGACUUCCUUGAAUCUCAACACAACUGCAGCAUCGCCAGCCAUAAACCCAUUCAGCCCAAGUUUUCCAACCACAUCCCCUGUUCCAGCUGCUACAUAUCCAGUAGCUACUCCUUUGGUAGCACCUGGAGGUGCUCCACCGACAGUUCCCUCAUUCUCACCCCAAGUUCAGGGUACACCUGUGAUAGGGGGCAUGACCCCACCUCUCCUCUCAAUGGCCCCAAUGAAUACGCCAGCUGCCUCAGCAACACCAGCUGGAAGUUCUGCAGUCACUGUGACAGCCACAGCAACGCCACUUAUGACCGACAUCACUGCAGGAGCAAUGCCUGCCCCCUUAAUACCCACGACAAGCCCAUCAUUGCCAAGUGAUGAUGUCUCCGCAGCUUUUCAACCAACACCACCACCGUCCCAACCAAUUGCUACAUCGUAAAGCACAAUACCUCAAGAGUAAUAACAGACAAUAGAUACACUAGAAAUAAGACUAUAUUAUCAUACAACAGUGUAUGUGCAAACCAAGAGGGACACAAGUUAAGAAAAAAAGUUCAAAAAAUUCUUGUGGAUAUUGCAUGGCUUUGCAGUGUUAUUGCAGUCUAACCUUCUAAGAUAAAACUUGUGUCUAAAUCUUACUUAUUUAGCUUUAAAUGUUGAAGGCCUGUUUCCAGGUAAUGACUUACUGUCAUUUAACAGCUCAAUGACAAAUUUGUUAUCUCAUAACUGGUUAUUUUUUUCAGUCUCAUCUUAUUUGUGAAGGUGGUGGAUAGGGUAACCAAGACAAAAAUGUGUUGCCCAUUGAUCAGGUGAAGGUAUUAUAAUUCUUUCAUUUGGGGAAGGCAAUACUUCUGACUGUUUUUCCUGGUAUGCAACAUUUUCUUUUUUGCAGUUGUACCUUUAAUUUUUGGGGUCUGUCUCGUUUUCUCAUUAGAACAGCCUGAAUAAAACCACUGUGAACACUUUGGACAGCUUUAGACUUUAGUGACUUUGGUCACCCAAAAAUUUUGCCUUUUUUGUCUUGAGGUGCACUAGGAAGUGUGUUUUGACUGCAGACAAACUACCUCCUGGCGCACCUCUGAGACACCAAAAAAUGCUCUCAUGAUCUCUAUAAUAAUAACUUGCCAAGAAGUACAGAGGAAAAACAAUUCAGUGCUGUGGAAGUUUUCUGUAAAUCUUACCGUGCAAAGCACCUACUCUGCGAGAUUUUUAGUGAUACGCAAAUGAGAGAAAGAGUAAACGUCUUAAUCCCUGGCGCCAAGGAUAAAACAAGCGCGUAACACCACACUUAUAGGAAUCUGUCAAUCACAGUUACACACUGAAACUUUAUUCCCCGUUUAGUGUGUAGUUAACUUUAUUCUCUGCUUUUUCACUUGUGUCUCAUCUGUCUUGUUUAUGUAAUGUUCAUUUAAAUUCUGUUCGUAAGAAUACAAUGUUUCCUAAGAAUUUAAAAGUCAGUUUUUUUGUCCAAAAGAGUGACCCAACUAAAUUUAUCGAAAUUUCACGUUCAAGAGGUAGAAGGUUGACGAAGACUUAUCUCAGGGAAAGUGUAAUAAAUGGCGAGGAGUUGCCACAAGAGAGUGCAAACACAAAUAAAGCUGAAAAAUUCCCUUUACUAUAUAUAGACUUUAAUUGUAAUCUGAUAAAUACCCAUUUGUUUCUUUUGAGUUACCAAAUCUUUCCUGGAAUUUUCGUAC